UAAUUUUUGAGAAAAGGAAAAAGGAACCCCACAAAUAGAGGAUCGUUGGACGGGGGAAAAUUUUUUUUUCAUCUACGUAGAAUGUUCCUCACGCACGGCUAAUUCCGGCAUUCUUCAUCAUGCAGAAAGCACCACUCGGUUCCAAGAAGAGGCGAAAACAUGACCCUGUGAUCUGAAGAAACAUGCCAAGCCAGCUAUGGUUUGCACUGCCGAUGAUUUACAAGGAUGGAAAGACUUUCCCAAGGGUCUAAGGGUUCUUCUUCUUGAUCGGGACAGCCGUUCCACGACUGAGAUAAGAUCGAGGCUUGAGGAAAUGGAGUAUGUUGUUUAUUCCUGCUGUGAUGAGAAGGAAGCUUUGUCAGCAAUUUUGAACACGCCUGGAAACUUUCAUGUUGCAAUUCUGGAGGUGUGCACAGGAAAUUAUGAUGAGAGUUUUAAGUUGCUUGAAAUUUCCAAGGACUUACCAAUCAUAAUGACUUCGGAUGUUCAUUGCCUAAGUACCAUGAUGAAGUGCAUUGCACUUGGUGCAGUUGAGUUCUUGCUGAAACCACUCUCAGAGGAAAAACUCAGGAAUAUUUGGCAGCAUGUCAUUCAUAAGGCAUUCUCCAAUCCUUCAAAGCCUGAUGAAGAAUCCGUAGCAUCCUUGAUGCAGCUCCAAUUAGAGAAUGAAGACAAGAAUGGAGUUCCAGAAGAUAUGGAAAUUCUUUCAUGGGUUCAGGAUAUUGUGUGGGAGCAAUCGGAAGAAAGUGAAAAGUCACAACUGAACCAGGGAGCAUCGUUGAUAUGUAGUUGGGAAAGCCAAGAUCAAAUGAACGAUUCAAGGGAAACAGGUUGCAGGGACAAAGAAACGCAGUCUAAACUCGUCAAAACUACUUCACAUGAUUUGGUUUGUGAAGAGCAUCUUUCGGAGAGCGACAGCCAACCUCAAUUAUCUGGGAAGAAUAAAUCUGGUGUCAAAAGUAGUCCUUCGGUUGCUGAGCACUCAAUCCAAGGAUCUGAUGUGAACCAUUCUGCUGGACUGAAAGUGAAGAAAACAAAGGUGGACUGGACCCCGGAUCUUCAUAGAAAGUUCGUUCAGGCAGUUGAACAGUUGGGCAUAGAUCAUGCAAUUCCUUCCAAAAUACUUGAGCUGAUGAAAGUUGAAGGUCUGACAAGGCACAAUGUUGCAAGUCAUCUCCAGAAGUACAGGAUGCAAAAGAGACAUGUCAUUCACAGAGAGGAAAUUCCAAGGUGGCCCCAUCCAAGAUGUUCAAUGCAAUUCAAUCACUUGAAACCUAUCAUGGCUUACCCUUCUUCUCAUCCUAACUGUGGAUUAUCAGUGUCCGCUGUUUAUCCAACAUGGAGACAGACCAAUGGCCAUCCAGCUAAUGUCCACAUGUGGGGUCCACCUGGUUAUCGCCAUUGGCCGCAACCCGGAAUUCAGCCAUGGAAUUCCUACACUGGGGUGCAAGCUGAUGCAUGGGGUUGCCCUGUGAUGCUGCCUUCUCAUGCUCCAUACUUUUCAAAUCCUCAUCAUGUUUCAGCACCUCACAAUUUGUAUACAGUAAAUAAGAGCCAUGGCAUGCCUCAGAGGUCAUUUGAUCUUCAACCAGAUGAGGAGAUGAUUGACAAGGUUGUAAAGGAGGCGAUGAGGAAGCCAUGGUCGCCCCUUCCAUUGGGGCUGAAACCUCCUUCUACAGAGAGUGUUCUCUCAGAGCUUUCCAGACAGGGAAUCUCCACCGUCCCUCCUCACAUCAACGGCUCCAGACCUCCCUGACCCCACACCCUCUGUCUGUAUAAUGUUUAUUAAAUAGUAAUACUUCUUUUGGAAGGGAAUAAUAUCUUUUUCUUAAAUAUAUAUAUACA